AUGUACCUCGACCAGCAGCAGGCCAGCCGGUACUUCUGUGUCCUCAUGGGAGUUUGCCAGAGACGUUUGGACCAAUUCCUGACCGUCACGACUCAGGGCGAACUGUCUGUGGUGCGUUGGGCAGUGGAGUUUCCCAUGAAUCACACAAAGAACAAACUUCUAGAUGCCCUAUCAUGUAAGCCUGAAUAUGACCUCUCCUACUCACCUCCCCCAACCACCAUACUGAAACUAAGCAACUUUGAGUCCCCCAGAGACAGGGUGCUCCAGGUCUGGGCUGGGCCGUCCCCCCCGGCUGCGCUGGACCUCCAGGGUUGGCAGACCUCGGUAGACUGUGCCCGAGCCAACGAGCUUUGUGCCGCCGAGCCGGGCUGCAGCUCAAGUUACCGCACCUUGCGGCAGUGCCUGGCUGGCCGUGACCACAACACCAUGCUGGGGAACAGGGAGUGUCGGGCGGCGCUGGAGGUGCUGCAGGGAAGUGCCCUCUACGGCUGCCGCUGCAAGCGCAAGAUGAAGAAGGAGCUGCUGUGCCUGCAGAUCUACUGGAGCAUCCACCUUGGCUUGGCAGGGGGAGAAGAGUUUUAUGAAGCUUCGCCCUACGAGCCCAUCACCUCUCCUCUCUCUGAUGUAUUCAGACUCGCUUCAAUUGUCUCAGGAACAGACCCGGUAGCCAACUCGAGAAGCAACCAUUGCCUUGACGCAGCCAAAGCCUGCAACCUGAAUGACAACUGCAAGAGGCUGCGCUCCGCCUACAUCUCCACCUGCAACAAAGGGGUCUCAGCCACCGAGCACUGCAGCCGGCGCAAAUGCCACAAAGCCCUGCGCCAUUUCUUCGAUCGGGUGCCCAGCGAGUACACCCACCGGCUGCUCUUCUGCUCCUGCAAGAGCCAGGCCUGCGCUGAGCGCCGCCGGCAGGCAAUCGUCCCCUACUGCUCCUAUGAGGAGAAGGAGAAGCCCAACUGCCUGGCCCUGCGGAGCCAGUGUCGAGCAGAGCCACUCUGCCGGUCAAGACUGGCAGAUUUCCACACCAACUGCCAAGCCUUCCACCAGUUCCUCACCAGCUGCUCCAGGGACAACUACCAGGCGUGCCUGGGCUCCUACACUGGCCUUAUAGGUUUGGACAUGACCCCCAACUACGUGGAUGCAAGCUUCAGCAGCCUGGUGGUCUCCCCAUGGUGCUCCUGCCGAGGGAGCGGCAACAUGGAGGAGGAAUGUGAGAAAUUCCUGAAGGACUUCACUGAAAACCCUUGUCUCCGAAAUGCUAUUCAAGCCUUCGGCAACGGCACAGGCUUGACCUUCUCUUCCAAGUCCCUUCCGCUGCCACUCCUCACCCUGCCUCCUACGACAGGAAAGGGCUGCUCUUCGCCAUAUGACAUGAAUGACAGUAGCGUUGUCUGCAACACAAGCAUGAUCACCCCAUGCACCUCUGCUGAGGUAAGGCCAUUGCAGGUUCUCCUCUGA